UAGCGGGAUUCAUGAAAAAGAAUAUUCAGCAGCUUUUGUUUCGUGACGCUCAGAAAUUUAAGCAGAUUAACUUGUUUCACAAACUACAACAAAACCAUGUGUCGUUGUCUCUGUAAAUCUCUACAUCAUACAACAACAAACCGCUUACAACUCCUCAGUACUCUCUUGGGUCAUUGCUUAUUUCACAAAGUACCCAAUUGCUCACUUAAGGAUCCCUAUAAAGUACUAUAAAUUUAACCCAUUUGUUUUCUGUAUCCUUUUCUUGUCAUAACACAUUCUACACUAGCUUUCUACAUAAUAUCAUGGUGGAAAUACAUGAGGAUGAACAAAUGGAUCCUUUGAGUACAGAAGAAAUGUCAGAGGGAAGUGAAGAUCAAGAAGAACAAGAAGACAUCAGUUAUGCCGAUCUUAAGAAGCGAAUAUGGAUGGAUCAAAUUCGUAUGAAGAGAUUCAAAGCAGAAAGACAAGCUGCAGAAGAGAAAGCAUCAUCCGAUGAUGUUUGUGACACAACAGGCUCGAACAACUCGACAUCAACUGUAGCAACCAAAGAAGAAAAAUCUAGACGAAAGAAGAUGCUUAGAUCUCAAGAUGCUAUCUUAAAAUACAUGGUGAAAAUCAUGGAAGUAUGUAACGCGCAAGGAUUUGUGUAUGGAAUCAUCCCAGAGAAAGGAAAACCUGUGACAGGAUCUUCUGAUAGUCUGCGCGAAUGGUGGAAAGAGUCUGUUAAGUUUGAACAGAGUGCUCCUAAAGCAAUUAAACAAUUGAUUCCUGCUAUUACAGCUGCAAUCGAGGAUGAAAACCCGUCUUUUCUUUACAUGUUGCAAGAACUUCAAGAUACGACUCUUGGGUCUUUGUUAUCUGCGCUUAUGCCGCAUUGUAUUCCUCCUCAAAGGCGGUUUCCUCUUGAGAGAGGCUUACCUCCUCCUUGGUGGCCUAAAGGAGAUGAGGUUUGGUGGGGUCAACAAGGGGCGGUUGCAGUCGAGCAAGGCGCACCGCCUUAUAGGAAGCCUCAUGAUCUUAAGAAGUCUUGGAAGGUGAGUGUUUUAUCUGCAGUGAUCAAACAUAUGUCCCCUGAUUUGAACCGGAUGAUGCGACUGGUCAAGAAAUCUAAGUGUCUUCAGGGUAAGAUGACUGCUAAGGAUACAGCUAGCUGGGUGAAGGUUGUUGAUCAAGAAGAGGCUCUCUUACAGCUUACGAACCAAUGUCUGCAUAUAAAAGAUCGAGAUCGAGAAAAUGAUGGUAAAGAUGGAGAGGUGAAAAGUACAGAACAUGUUUCCAAUAAGAGGAAGGCUAAUACAUUUGAUCAACAACCAACAGAAUGGUAUUAUGUUCCACAUAGUAAUAGUGCAGAAUUUGAAGCAGAAUAUGCGCAUCAUGUUACAGAUUUUGGUGGGUAUCACUACUUUCCACAUAGAGCUUCCUCAUUUCCCAAUCUUCAAAUAGGUGACAAUGAUGUAAAUGUUCUCCCAUGGAGUUGGAAUGAUGAUGUUCGAGCGAGUGGAGAAUCAGAGGUAAUGAGUAAACAUUGGGGAAGUGAUGUUGCACACAUGGGUUUGGAUGCAGACUUUCAACUUCACAGAGAAAACAUGGAGUUUGAUCUUUUUCCACUUGAUGAAGAUCACUUGAACAAACAAGCAGCAGCAGCAGCAACUGCUACUAUUUGGGAUUUAGAAUAUCAGGAACCUAAUGAUGAUAAAUAGAAGAGGGGACUGCUAAGGAUAGCUUAGAUUAAGAUAUGGCAAUCAAGUUGGUUCACAUUGUAGACAUGUCUACUUAUCUAACUGUGUAGCAUGGUUUAAAUUUAUUAAUAAUUACUAGGAUUAGAGCUCCCUUUUGUUUUUACAUAUUGUUUGGGUUCAUAACAUGUACGAAAAACCUUUGACAAAAAUUUAGCAAAAUCUUCAUAUAAAACAUUUUACCACUUCUCGAAUAUGUUUGAUAAUUAUCAAUUAGGCAUCAUCAAAUUUGCACUAAAUGUAAUCAUAAUACAUAAUAAAGCUUAAUAAAGUGCAAAC